AUGGGAGAAGAGACUCUUAGAAUUGCUGGGCGCCGCUCCAAGCUGGCGGUCAUCCAGUCAGAAUCUGUUAAGGAAAUCGUGCAGCGCGAGUUUCCAAACUACACCUGCACGGUUCUGGCGAAGCAGACGCUGGGCGAUCAAGUGCAAUCCAAGCCGCUGUAUGCUUUUGGCGGUAAGGCACUAUGGACCAAGGAGCUGGAGGACCUCCUGUACGAGGAAGACCUUGACCAGCGCAUAGAUAUGAUUGUACACUCACUGAAGGACAUGCCCACACAGCUGCCGGAGGGCUUUGAACUGGGCGCCAUCACAAAACGUGUGGACCCCAGCGACUGUCUCGUAAUGGCUGCCGGGAGCCCCUACAAGACCCUUGGCGACCUGCCGAACGGAUCUGUUGUCGGCACGUCCAGCAUCCGCAGAUCAGCACAGUUGAGGCGGAGAUACCCUCAUCUUGUGUUUGCAAGCGUCCGCGGAAACAUCCAGACCAGGCUGAAAAAGCUGGACGACCCAGAAAAUGAGUGUAAGUGCAUUAUUCUCGCCACGGCAGGCCUGGUUCGACUGGGCCUGGAGUCCCGUAUAACACAGCGCUUUGACAGCACUAUCAUGUUGCAUGCAGUGGGCCAGGGUGCGCUGGGCAUCGAAACGCGGACCGGAGACGAGCGCUUGCAGGCUAUCCUUGCCAAAGUUGCGGACAGAAACAGCACGAUCUGCUGCCUUGCAGAACGCUCCCUGAUGCGCACACUGGAAGGCGGCUGCUCCGUUCCGAUCGGCGUCUACUCCACGUUCGAUGAGGAGACGUCGAUGUUGACAUUGGACGGUCUUGUGGUAUCUGUAGAUGGCGCGGACGCUGCCGAGGCAACUGUUUCGUACAAGAUCAAAAGCGACAAGGAGGAUGCCAUCGCGUGCGGUCAGCUUUUGGCCGCAAAGCUCCUUGAAGCCGGUGCCAAGAAGAUCCUUGAUGCCAUUCACUUGCCCGAAGCCUAA